UAUAUGAGACCAAGUCACCUAUGUUGAAUUUUUGAAUGUUAAGAUUAUGUCAAUGUUGAACAACGGCAAAUUUUGAGGAAAAUAUUUUCAAUUAAACUGUUCACGCGUACGUUUUGUUGUUUUGUGGAGCUCAGCUCAUAACGUUGUAUUCAAUAUCGUAACAAAUCAGCUAUCUGUGAAACUUAUUUUGAAGCAACGGUAAAUAUGGAAAACAUUGAAAGUCCCGCAAGGCCCACUUCAAUGAAUCUAUUAACACGGCCGAUCGAAAGAAAUGUCCUAAGAGAAUUGAACAGUAUUGAGGCAACUAAAUCGCCGAAAGAGACUUCAUUGGCUGAUAUAACAGAAACACAUGCCAAAGAUGAUCAGGCGCCAGUUAUCCAAACCAACAAUCGCCUCUCAGAUGGGAGUGACAAGGCUCCAUUAAAUAAGAAUCUGUUGCGCGUCUCUACACCAACCGAAACCGCAUCCGUAUCCGAUGAUGAAGAGUUUGUUGAUUGUAACACAACAUUCAAUUCGUCGGUCAUCAAUAGCACUUUCGAGGCAGCUGCAAUUCUUUCGGAUGGAAAUUUUGGAAACCCCGAACAGCGUGUCCCAUCUCCGAAUGAAUCGGAAGGUCCAGGUAUUUCUAAUAAGAAGCUGAACUUGGGAUUCAUUGAAACCAAGAUGUCUGGUGUUGAUGAUUUGGAUCAAGAUAAAUCAACGGUGGAUACCCUGAACUCAGAGGAUGGCGAAUGUGGGUCGAAGGACUCGAAGGACUCCACAAUCUCGUCAUCGUUUAUUGAGAACUCUCAAAUUAUUGAUAACGACCAUCAUAACAAAUCGAUUGGAGAAAUUUCAAGUGAUCCAAAUGCUAACAGCUCUACAGAAGGCGCUACGGUUCCAAUGAUAACAAUAGAGGGUGUUUUAGCAUCACAAACUACAAUCGACGAAGUGGCAGCAGUCGUACCAGAAAUCGAAUCAGCGUCCAUAAUUGAAUCAGCGCUUGUUAUAGAAUCGAAUCCAGUAAUGAAUGUGGAGUCAAAGCCUAUAAUUGAAACUGAACCUGCAGUUGAAUCAACGACCGUGAUUUCAGCAAUCGAGUCGGUGGCACCCAUGGAAUUGGAACUCGCCGAUCGACCUUUAAUCGAAUCAGAUUCAUUAACGAAUAUUACCGUGGAGUCCGUAGUUGAAACGAUGUCUGCAGUCGAGUCUACGAUUGAAUCAGCUGAUGUAAUUAACUCGAAUCCAGCAAUCAAUGAGGAGCCAAAACCUAUGAUUGAAACUGAACCAGUAAUUGAAACAAAGCCCGUGAUUUCAGCUAGCGAGUUGGAGUCACCCGUGGAAACAGAACUCGCCGACCGACCUGCACUCGAAUCAGAUUCAUUAACGAAUAUUACCGUGGAGUCCGUAGUUGAAACGAUGUCUGCAGUCGAGUCAACGAUUGAAUCAGCUGCUGUAAUUGAAUCGAGUCCAGCAAUCAAUGAGGAGUCAAAACCUAUAAUUGAAACUAAACCUGUACUUGAAUCAACGCUUGCAAUUGAAUCAACAACCGCGGUAUCAGUAAUUGAGUCGGUGCCAACCAUGGAAUCAGAACUGGCCCACCGACCUGUUAAUGAAUCAGAUUCAUUAACGAAUAUUAACGUGGACUCCGUAAUUGAAACGAUGACUGUAGUCGAGUCUACGAUUGAAUCAGCUGUUGUAAUUGAAUCGAAUCCAGUAAUCAACGAGGAGCCAACGGCCGUGAUUUCAGAUAUCGCGUCGGAAUCACCCAUGGAAUCAGAACUCGCUGACCGACUUGUUGUCGAAUCAGAUUCAUUAACGAAUAUUACCGUGGAGUCCGUAAUUGAAACGAUGGCUGCAGUCGAAUCUACGGUUGAAUCAGCUGUUGUAACUGAAUCAAAUCCAGUAAGCAACGAGGAGCCAAAGCAUUUGAUUGAAACUGAACCCGUACUUGAAUCAACGCUUGAAAUUGAAUCUACACCAGUCAUUUCAGCAAUCGAGUCGGUGGCGCCCAUGGAGUCGGAUCUCGCCGACCGAUCUGCAGUUGAAUCAGGAACAACAGUCAAUGUGGACGUGGAGCCAGUAAUCGAAACGGUUCCUGAAAUUGAGUCUACGAUUCUCCAUCCAUCUGAACCUAUUGAAGAUGUAAUACAAUCAGCGGUUGUAAUUGCAUCGAAUACAGAAAUCAAUGCCGAAUCCCCAAUCGAAUCAGACACAGCAAUCAAAACGGAGCUAUCAAUUGAAACGAAGUCAGCAAAUGAACUGGAGCCAUCAAGAGAAUCGGAAAAUGUGGGUGCAUUGGCUAUUUCAAUAUUACAGCCAACGCCUAUAAUCGAAUCAGAGACCGCUAUCGAAACGGAGUCAACAAACGAAUUGGACCCUUCAAUUGAAUCAGCAGUAAUCAGUCAAUCAGAACCAACUCAAUCUGAAGUUACCAACAGAUCAGCACUUGCAAGUGAUCCAGAAGCUCUGACUCUAGAAGCUACAAUUGAAUCGCAGCCACUUACGGAGUUGGAACCCGUUGCAAAAUGUGAAUUGACGCAGGUCAACAAUGCUUUAAAUGUAACAUGCAAUUUAGAUGGAACUUCAGUUUGUCAGCCGGAGCCAACAUUUGAUGCUAACAACGACGAAAUCACUCAAAACGUUCGAAUUGAGACGAGUUCAUCAAAUCGUGAACCUGAAUUCGAAACCACCGUCGCAACAGAAUCAGAAACGAUCGACGACGCGAAAGUGACUCAAGCUAACAAGAUCAGUGAAUUUAAAGCCAAUCAGUCAUUCAGUGUAGAUUCCUUGGAUCAAGAUACGGAACCUCAAGACUGUUCGUUAGAUUCACUUGAAAUGAAGGUAGAUAAUCCAUCAAUUUCGGCAAUUUGCAGCGAUAUAACUGAACGUUUUCAACGACUCAACACUUUCGAUUUACCGAACGCCGUUGGUGCUAAUUUCGAUCAUCCAGGAGCAGAGAACUUAAACGCAUCCAUUUCCACGCUAUCUCGCAAAGACACAUUUUCGGUUUCAUCGCCACAAAACGAAAGCAUUCCGUCGAUUUCUCGUCAAGACACGUAUUCGCUUCUUUUGCCGCAGAAUGAAAGCAUCACUUCACCGCCUUCUACGUUGUCUGGUCAAAACUCACAAAAUGAUAGCCGUUCAUCAGUAGACGAUAUAACUGUGCUGCUAAAUAAAGUGGCAAUAAAUUCACCAAUUGUCAACGCAGCCGAUUCCAGUAAUCGUAUGAAACGCAGUGCUACUUUUGAGAAAUCAAACAGUGAUGGUGUCAAUCAGAAUUCUCCGUCAUUGUCUGCUGAUGGAUCAAAUGCAAGUGGAUCGAAGUUCCAAACGACACCGGUACCUAAUUUGAAUGCAAUCGACUCGAAGCAGGACGAUCUUCCAGAAAUGGUGCUGAGCCCAAACGAUUUUGAUUUUCUGCAAUCACGAGGUGGAAAAAAGACCGAUUCAGAAGAGGAUCGCCGUAAUUCACUACUAUUGCGUUUUGAUCCGCUGUCCGGACGCACUGUACAAAAGCAGCAUCUCGCUCCGACCGAGGAAGUAGUCGAAUCAUCUGUGGCUACUGUUUUGGAAGACGCUAAUCAACCAUCCGAGAGUUCAACGAAAAACAUUAGCAACGGUCAAUCGUCGUCGAAAGCAGAUUCGUCAACAGCCAAUGCUUCCGAGAUGAGUGUUAGCCUGGUUCAUGAUUCGAAAAGCAUGGAUAAUGACACCACCAACUCGUUUAAGAACAACAUAAAGGCCGAUAUUGCCGGUGGUGUGACGAUGACCGAUAAGAAAAUCAAAUUUGAAUACGCGGAUGAAAAUAUACGAAAGAAAAUGGAAGAGUACGAGGCCACUCAGGAGAUUCUCGUGAAACGGUUAGCGGAAAAGGAGAAGACCUUGGCGAAAAAUUGUGCCAUCAUCGAGGUGUACGAAAAAACACUGGCCGAAUUGGUAGCGGAUAAGGAGAAGUUAACAGAUCACCAUGAAGUUACCAACGAAAGACUGCGCCAGGAACGUGAUAUUCAUCAUCAGCAUCUAAUGUCUCUGGAAAUAACGUUCUCCGAUCUGCAUAAAAAAUACGAACGCAGCAAAGAGAUUAUCAUGCAGCUGCGUGAGAGAUACGAUGUAUUGAGUGAGGAGCGUGCAAUGAUCGAUCACUUAAUCAAGCAGCAGGAGUUGCGCUACGAAAAAAUGAAACAGCAUGCAAUUGAGCAACUGGAACAUGCCAACUCGACGCUGGAAGAGCAAGAGAAAAGUAAUGCACGUGAAAAUUCGCGGCUAAAGGCCUUACUCAAGAUCGAAGAGGUGAGCCGGAACACGAUGCAGGAGCAACUGUCGCAAAAGUGUAAAGAGAACAAGGAAUUAGUGAAAAUCUGUGAUGAAUUGAUUGGUGGUAGUGGUCAGAGAAGUUAAACUUUUUGAGCUGAAUCACUGGAAGUAACAUUUUUUUACGAUUUUUUUUUGGUUCGUUUUUCUGUUGAAUUUUUUAUUUUCCAAUCAAAACAUUUGUGAUGUGAAUUCAAAUAAGUUCUCGUCGUCGCUGAAGCGUCCGAAGCUAUUUGCAUUGCAUAGUUGAUGGAUAAAAGUGAGAAUUGUGUGGUCAAUGUCUGUGGCUAGCGACCAGUGAAUAUGGGAAAGACAUGGAUAGAUAACUUGGUUACAAAAAAAAUUCUUUUUAUGAAAAAUUGUAGUUUUUAAGCUUAGGUCUAAGUUUCGUUUCUUUUUUAAACUAAAUUUAAUGUUGUUGCUCUCUUCAGAAUUCGCUUAUUUAUUUAAAACAAAAAUUCAUUUCAAAAACGUAACGGUGUACUGUGGGAUUAAUAACGUGCUAAUACAAUUUCAUUUAACAAUAAU